AUGCCAGAGACGUUUUCAGCAUGUAUCCGUCUGCUCUUGACCAUCUCGACCAGACGUUUCUCGAAGUCAGCGGGUUCUAUUUUAGCCAACAACAGAAUCAGCGUCGAUCAUACGCCGAGCGACGAUGAAAUCUUCCCAGCACAUAGGAACAUCGUCUGUCCUCAAUCUAAGUACUUUGAGGUGGCUUGUGAUGGACGAUUCAAGGAAGGCAACGGGCAGAUAACACUCGAUAGUCAAGAUCCAAUACUCGUCAAAAAGACGCUUGAAUUUCUGUACACGGGCAGCUAUACCUACGACACCCCUCCAACAGACGCAAAGCUGGAACCACUGCCAGAGGGAGAGAUUGAACGUUUUGCAGGGACUGAGAGACAAACAAGCAUUGCAAACCCGCGAAUGGGCGAGUCUUACUUCCAUGCGCAGAUGUACGCGCAGGGGGACUACUUCCAAAUUUAUGCUCUCAAAUGCAAGGCAAAGCAGUGCUUCAGGGAGUCGUUCAUGGCUAACCCUGAUCGAGAUUCAUUCACCUCUGCUGUCGUUGAAGUCUACAGCUCCACAGCGGAGAGUGAUCGGGUACCCAGAGAUCUUGUCGUACAACUUACGACCGAUAACCUGCCACUUCUGAGAAGGGGGGUGAAUCCUAUACUGGACGGUGAUCUCUUGGACCGUGUUCCCAGCUUCAUGCGUGACAUUUGUCUUUCUGCUGUGGAGAGGUGUGCUCAGCUUCAAAGAGACUCCGGAGAAUGGGGCUAG